UUACCUGUCUUUGAAACCAGCUUGCAAAACGAGAAAAUGGCCAGCUUUUCUUCUCUUCUGAGGGUUAGUCUGAUUCUAUGCUACUGCACCUCCCAAUUUAAUGCUAUGAAAAUUAAAAUGAUCAAUAAAGCUCCUCAGGACAUCAAUGCCCGAGUGGAACUGGAUUGUGAAACCAGCUUUCCAGAUGCUGGGGUGUCCUGGAUGCUUCAGCGCAAUGACCGUAGUCUCCACUCCAUCUUAUACAUUAAUUCAAGGUCACGAGUGACACCUGAGAAUACCCCAAACUAUGAAGCAACAAGAAAUGGUAACACAUACAAACUGAUAGUGAAAAAAUUCAAGAAUCAGGAUGAGGGCAUUUAUUACUGCAUUGUCUUCCGCAACCAAGUCAUACACUUCAGUUCAGGCCUCUCAGUCUUCCUGCCAGUAAGAACCACCCAAGCUCCCACAACACAACGGCGUGGUCCAGAAGAGCCAAACAUCAACAAUCCACACAUCACCAGUGAACCCAAGAAAUGUUCAGAUGCCACAGUUCCAAUGAUAGAUCCACAUGAGAGUCUGAUGUUCCGUUGUGACCCAUACAUCUGGAUUCCUUUGUCUGGUGGCUGCUUCAUCCUAUUGAUAACCUUGGUGAUCACUUUGACAGUGUGCUGCGACCCAAGAAGGAGAAGAAGAACAUGCCAGUGUAAAAGGCCUUUGAAUGGAACCAAUGGAAAGCUCACCGUGCCUCGCUAGUAUGGAACAGGUCUCGAUCAUUACGUGUGGAUUUCCCAAUGCAUUCUCUUUUUAAUAGCAGAACUAUACAUUAUAUAUCACAUCGUGAUUAUUGUUUAGAGGGUUUUUAAUUUUAUACCAUGCAGUUGCUGGUGCAUUUCUCUCUUCAAGCCAUUUUUCUGCUGUAAAUUGCCCCAUGCCAAGCUACCCAACACCUGCUUAACUACAUCUUUUAUAUUAGAUACUAUUUAUUCUGCACUAUUCAGGAGUGAGAAACAUUUCACAUGUAUUAUCUCAGUUCAGUUCUGUGAGAUACAACAUUUUCAUUAUUAACACCUUUUUCUGGCAUUAUAUUUUGGGGUAUCCAACUAUACAAACCUUGAGUGUAUGCUAUUACGAUUCUGUGAUUACUAGUCUGUGCAGUGCCUUAUUCAGAUUAAAUGGUAACCACAUGUAUCAGGAAGAUGGUAGGUUGCACCUGCUCAAGGUUUGCAUGGUUGACUACUCCCAAAUAUAAUGUCUGAAAAAAGCUAUUAUACCUCUUUUUAUUAUUAUCUUUCCAGUUCAUCAGAGGCUCUUAAUAGUAUACUAAAUACACAGAGCAUCCCCCUUUGUUGUUUGUUAUUAUCAGAUAGGAUUAUAAUAUGAAGGAUGGUGGCGGCUAAAGCUGAGGCAACCCAGUCUACGGUAUACCUAGUGUGUACUCCAGUGCUCUUGAUACAGACUGCAUAUCAGAUGAAUGCCUGACAGAAUUCUGAAUA